AUCACUACUCCUAUAAAUCUAAGCAACCUAGCACAUAAAUCUCCCCAAGAGAGAUCACAAUGGCAAGUGAAGAAGUUGUUCUGUUAGAUUGUUGGGCGAGUAUGUUCGGCAUGAGAGUGAGAAUAGCACUUGCUAAAAAAGGAGUCCACUACGAAUGCAUUGAGCAAAACUUGGCCCAUAAAAGCCCUCUUCUUCUCGAGAUGAACCCAAUUCACAAAAAAGUUCCGGUCCUUAUCCAUAACAACAAGCCCAUUUGUGAGUCCUUGGUUAUCGUUCAGUACAUUGAUGAAGUUUGGAAUGACAAAGCUCCCCUGAUGCCUAGUGAUGCUUACCAAAGAGCCCAAGCUAGGUUCUGGGCCGACUUCAUAGACAAGAAGGUCUAUGAUGCUGCAUGGAAAAUUUGGAGAACCAAAGGAGAAGAGCAGGAGGGAGCUAAAAAGGAUUUGAUCGAAAACCUCAAGGUGCUAGAGAACGAGCUCGGUGACAAGACUUAUUUUGGGGGUGAAACAUUCGGGUUUUUGGAUGUUGCACUUGUGACAUACUACAGCUGGUUUUACACCUUGGAGAAACUUGGAAACUUGAGCAUUGAAGCUGAAUGUCCUAAGUUGAUUGCAUGGGCUAAGAGGUGCUUGCAAAUUGAAAGUGUUUCGAAAUCCCUUCCUGAUUCCAAGAAAGUUUUGGACUUUGUUUUGGGACUGAAACAGAGGAUGGGGAUCUGAUCUGGUGCAUGUGUAUGAUUCAGUUAUGAGUACUAGUUUGUGUUGCAGUUU